CGCCGCGCAAUCACAACGCUUUCUGCUGCCGUCCGAUCGGGUCGUGUCCGCGAGACUUUCAGUGGAGUUGGGCUCGGGGUGCGCGAGGGCAGUGCCAGUGCCGUGACGUGGUCUUGUUUACGCGAGUCCUCCCAGCCCCAGCGAGGUCAGUGAUUGACCAGCCAGUACAGCCCCACCAGCUGAGUGGAUAGUGGACACCGACAGGGUUAUGGUGCGAGUCCCAACCAGCAGCAGCAACAACAGCCACGGAAUGGACCACCUCUACCUCACCAGCCAGGCUGUGCAGCAGCAGGGGGAGAUCAACUCCAAGAAGAGGAAUCUGUCGCUGGACCUCAACUUCUCCAAGCCAGCCAAGCGGGGUCGCUUUGCCAACAUAGGGGAUGUGCCAGUGUUGUCGUCCCCAGAUUUGCACAAGUUGGGUAUUGCAACGCCUGACCUGGAGAAGAUCAUCAUGGGGAACGGCUCUCUGGCGACAGCAACACCAACUCCCAAUACCGCCUCCAUCCUCUUCCCUAGAGCGGUGACUGAAGAACAGGAAAACUUCGCCAAUGGAUUUGAGGCGGCCUUGAAUGAACUACAACACAGCGACUCAAGCCAGGGAGGGCCUCUUGUGGAGAACAUUAGGUGUGACAGUACUUCCAGUGGAGACUCUUCAGAGGAUUACUCAUCGCUCCUGGAAAACAGUCAGGGAGCUACAUUUUCCAAUAGUUAUGGCCUCUCCGGGAUUAAGGAAGAACAGCGUGUUCCAAGUCUCGGGUCUUCACCUCCCAUGUCUCCUAUUAACAUGGAAUCUCAGGAAAAAAUUAAACUGGAACGUAAACGUCAAAGAAAUCGUCUGGCUGCCAGCAAGUGCCGAAGAAGGAAGCUGGAAAAGAUCGCUAAGCUAGAGGAUAAGGUGAAACUCCUCAAGAAUGAAAAUGGGGACCUGAGUGUUAUGGUGAACAAAUUAAAGCAGCAAGUUUUCCAACUUAAAGAACAAGUUUUAGAGCAUGCUAACCAUGGUUGUGACAUUAGGGAAAUGCAGUUUGCCUUGCAAUAAUAACACAUGCCAUUGUAUGAAUUUCUCAGGUGUUUUAUGUUUUGUUUGAGUUCUUCAGAAGUUCUCCCAGUCACUAGAAUACUCGCCCUGAGUGGGAAUGCUACCAGUAUCGCUACGCCAUAUAAUUGUGAUUACGCUAUCUAAACACUAUUGGAAUAUGUGCCUUUUCCAUGUCAAUACAUGCACUGUUCUCCAUAUUUUGUUUCUUUCCUUUAUGCCAUACUUUUAAAAUGGUAUUUCAAAGAUAAAAUUUAUAAUAAUACUGAUUAAAGUGGUGCUUGUAUUGAAUUGUCACUUAUUGGCAUACACCCACAAUAUGUGCUAUUUUAAUAGCUUAUGUAAUUUUGAUACAGAGAGGAUGAGCUAAUUUUUCUGUGCCCUCAAGUUUUACAGUGAAAGGCUUCUGUUUGUGUUAAUUAUGAUCUCAUGUUGAAUCAAAGAAGGGAGUACGCAUUUCUUUCAGAAAUGAUGUUAAAGUAUCGUCUCAAGAUGUAAUUAAUGAUAAUGAACUGUAUGUGUAUCGUCAUAACUUGUUUUUUCCAUCAGAAGUCAGUCAGCCUUUUCUUGCCAUUUUUGUAUGCAUUCUUGUGUAAAAAUCAAAGUUGUGCCUUGGUGCCAAAUUUCUUGUUGCUAAAAUAUUUUGUACUAAACUAAAUUGAAAUUGAGGUAUUGUUGUACCACAUAAAAUUAAUCGUGCUGAUUUGAAGCUCGAACGUCUACCCAGGGUCUGUAAUUUUGAAACAUUGCUCAAAUCAAAUUCAAUAAUUUUUGCUUUCAUUUAUAUAGAAGCUCAAAUAUGACAAUCAGCCAUUGGAAGGUGCUAGGCAAUGUCCUGUUUCAAGGGUAGCUAUAAUAUGAUGACCAAGGACCUUUGAAAUUGUAUAAUUAGUUUUGAAGGCUCAAACACAUUUUGUGUUGACCAGCUCUUUGGGGUAGACUGUGUUCGAUCAUUUAGCACAGUUGUAAGAUUUUUUAUUUUUAUUUUAUACCCCCUUUUUACGUACUGUUGGACAUUACCAGAAUUAAGUCAGUAUUAAUUGAUUUAGAUGGUGCUUCUUAUGAAUUCAUGACUCGUGGCACCUAGUCUUUAAAUAAAUCAGAUCUAUUACACUGUUUUUCUAUACUACAGUCUAUUAGUUACCAUUUGAUUUUGGAUGAAGUCACCAUGUUUGCCUUGAUUAAGAGAAAAUUCAAAUCAUGUGUGUUAUACUUAAGUUUUAGAUGACUUACAAGGUUUGCUAUUUUCCUACAAAAUUACCUAGAUCUAAAUAAAAUUUGUUUUUAUUUGUUAUUUGGAAUUUGCUUCUUGUUCCAUUGUUUACUUAAGCAUUCAUUUGUUUAUUUGUUUUUUUUACAUUUUUGUGCCGAGAAUCUUUCUUGACUUUGUUAUAAUUUGCGCUCUGGCUUGCUUUUGUAGGAGGAGCUUUAAGUUAUUGGUAAAUAAUAAACAUUUUUAUAAUAUAAAUAUA